AUGGAGGCCUCAAUCUUUGGGGGAUUGAUGAAGCAUCUGAAGGACUUGGCCGAGAGACAACUGAGAUGUAGCAGGGGAGGCGGAAUAGAGAAAGGAAUAUGUAAGCUCAUAAGAGAUACGGACCAGCAGGUGCCUGUCAGGGAGGGGAGAUAUAGGGAGAAAAAAUCUCAGUGGUCCAAUACUCUGGAAGGGCAUUUGAAUACAAGGAGUAGGACGUUGUGUAUAGCAUUAGAGUUAUGGUUAUCUACUUGGAACAGAGGAACUGGACAGGGCCGGGAUGUAUUAACGGGAGACUGCAAGUAUAAAGAUUUUAAGAAGAUCAUGGAGGGGAGGGGGGAGGAAGCCUCUUGCAAGAAGCACAGUACGGCUGUAAAUUGGAGGAGCUAUAUAAACACCCACCAGUUGAAUAUGAAGCAGGAUUAUCAGAAGGAACUUCAGUUAUGUAUGGAGCUAGUAAGGAUAAUAUACGAUCAGAUAAAAUUGACGCAGCAGGGUAACAAUAUCAUAGUAGAGAUGAACAACUGGGGGAAUAUAUGUAAGCGGACCUACGAGAAAUUAGCCGACUGGGGUGGAAGUGAAGUGGCCAAAGAGGUAAUGAGAAAUUGGUUUAAUACAGACAGGUGGCCCUCCAAAGGAGGGGGAACGAUGAAAUUGGCGGGAACCGAUAUAUUUGAAGUGAUAACAGAGGAUUUGAUUGGCGACGAUGCGGGGGUGAAGGACUUAGUGUGUACAUAUAAGGGCGGAAUCAGUGCGAGGAGAGACUUAGGAGUCCAAGAAAUAGCAAGUGAAGGAACGAAAGAUACCACCUGGACAGCAACACAAGCAGCAAUAGAGGGAGGAGUCAGCGACGGGGAAGAAUUGAGAGGAGUUAUUGAAGCGUACCUGCAGAAGACUCCCUUGAUCGACCCAGGGGCUCACCCCGGGGGGGGGGAGAGUACCCCUGAGAAAAACAGCGGCGGAGUAGGAGCGGACUCAUUGGGAGGGCUAAUAGGGGGAGGAGCAGUGGCCGUAAUAUUGGGUGGCUUGAGUAUGUAUGGGUUAGUUCGGAUAUUGAAAUCAAGGACAGGGCCCCGUAACUCCAGGGCUCUGCCGGUCACUGGCAAGAGAAGGGUGAGGUAUACUCCAUAG